CGGGAUCCGAGUGAGCCGCCCAUCUUUUGUUGCGGGUUGCGGGCGAAACAUCUUCAGUUGCCCAAUCUGGACAGUGAUGUGCGACUCGGUGCAUUUUGCACCAUCGUCAGCCGUUCGAGGCACUGACCUCCCAUUGGAUUCGACCCAGACAAUAUCGGUGCAUGUUAGUUGCACAGCAAGGUAGGGUCCGAACAUCAGCAACAAUCUUACUUUUGCUCAGCUUCUACGCGCGACGAGACCUCUUGGUGUCCGUACCUACAUACCCAGGGUACACUGCACUAGACGGAAGGGAAGCGUCUGAACUAAAAUUGGCUACGUACAUGAGGGCCUGUCAGGGAAACCCCGAUUGUCCCUCGCUUCUUGGGUCUGCCUUUGAGUCAAUAUAAGGCUAGAGCGUCAGCCCAGCAACUUGCUUCGUGUCUCUCACAUCGGACGAAUACAUCAUCGUCUCAAAAGGUUUCAUACCAAAGGUACCCUUAGCAACCUUACAUCCAUCAUCUCCAGCCUUCUUUUCCAUUUGAUCUCUUCGGAUCGCUUACCUGCAGCCACCCGCACGCACAGCGCGGGUUCGCCCAUCAAUGAUAGGGCACACGAUACUGCUUGGCCUCGCGGCCGUUGGCGCCCUCGCCGACGGAUCCCAGGCCGCAGCGGUUCCAGAACAACAGCUUCUGGGAAAGUCUCUGCAUGGCAAAACUCUUCAUUCCCGUCGCUGCGCCGCCCAGUCUCCGCCGGCGCAAGAUGGCCAAGAUGGCCACUAUAAGCCUUAUCCUGGCAGAAAGCCGCCACCACCACCACCAACUCCAGCAGCAGUGUGCACGUCCUCGUAUCUUUCCUCGGUGCUGCAGUCCUACAAGGAGAAAGGCGUCAGCAUUAGCCUUGAGACGGCCGUGCCUGUCCCUGAGGGGGGAUCUUUUGGCGAAGGACCAAAGGACCUGGCCGCUGGGGUCAACGCGACCCGACUACCCGAGGUCUGUGCCAUCAUUGUGAGCGUAAAAAACACGACUGCCAACCCACCGUCAAACUACCGCUUCGGCAUGUUCCUGCCGCCCUUGGACACCUGGAACGGUCGGUUCCUGGCCGUCGGCAAUGGCGCGUUCCUCGGCGGCAUCAACUGGCCAUACAUGGGAUCCGGCCCGCACUAUGGCUUCGCCACCAUGUCCACCGAUACGGGCCACAGCUCCGGCGCAGGAGACCUGAGCUGGGGUUUUAACCGCCCCGACAGGCUACUGGACUGGGGAUACCGGGCCAUGCGGGGAUCCUCAAUGGUGGCCAAGCAGGUCGUGGCCGGCUACUACCAGGAGAGGCCCGAGCGUUCCUACUUUGCAGGCUGCUCAACCGGCGGCAGACAGGCCCUCAAGGCGAUCCAGGGCGACCCAGAGAGCUGGGACGGGGCGCUGAUUGGUGCGCCGGCCUGGGACACCAAGGACCUGAUGCCCUGGGGCGCCAAGCAGGGCAAGUCCAACAUCCGGCCUGACGGGAGCCUCAUCUUUGACGCCUCCAACCUGGCCACCGGCGGGGCGUGGCAGACGCUCGUGGCACAGGUUCAACUGCAGUGCGACGCAGUCGACGGUGUCGUAGACGGCAUUGUCAGCGCGCCCGAGCUGUGCCGCAUCGACUUCACCCGCUUCACCUGCCUUCCCGGCGCGCCUCAAACCCCGGGUUGUAUAACGCCCGAGCAGGUUGCUGUGGUCAAGGGAAUGUAUGCCGACUACUACCUCGGGGCAAACUAUACCGGCAGCGGCGACCCGCUCGUCAUGAACGGCAUGGAGCCUAGCUCCGAGACCGACCUCAGCGGUUGGGUCACAUACCUCAACAACCCGGGCGACUUUGUGUCGGCAUACCCCCGGUAUUGGGUUUAUAACGACACCAAUUGGAAGCUGCCCCAGUACAGCGACCAGGUCGUGGUCGACUCUCGACGCGUCAACCCGGGCCAGGCCAGCGCCGACGACUAUGAUCUCUCGCCCUUCAAGCAGCGCGGCGGCAAGGUGAUUCUAUAUCACGGCGUGGCCGACGGCCUGGUCCCGACGCGAUCGACGACAAACUACUACAACAAGAUGCGCACGGCCAUGGGCGGCCAACAGGCGACCGAUGCCUUCCUGCGCCACUUUUUGGUCCCGGGGAUGGGCCACUGCUGGUUCAGCCCGGCGUGGGUAAACGCGCCGUGGAUGUUUGCGGGGGUAGGACAGGCAGAGACCCUGCAGCUGCUGCCCGCAGGCUCGACUCCGCUCCCCCCGCCCGAGGAGUUUCUCCGCGGCUGGGGGACGCCGCUGUUCCGUGGCGACGUCAACUACGACGCCCUGCUCAAGCUGGUGACGUGGGUCGAGAACGGCACCGCGCCGGACGAUAUUCGCGCCGUCGCUUACGGUGCGGAUUGGAAGGUCCAGAGGACGAGGAAGCUGUGUCCUUAUCCGAAGAAGGCGGUGCUCGUCAAUGCGUUGCUGGUGAAUGACCAGGCCGGAUGGGUGUGUGCGUGAUACCUUUUUGUUUUGUUUUUUUUGUUCUGGGUUGGGACAUUUGUGGUUUUCCAAGGUCUUGCUGUCAUUGUCACAUAAGCGGAUUGGCAUUUCAUUACCAUUACAUAUGGGCUGGAGUUUAGCGACUUUUUCAUUUUAGCUCGGGUUUUCUUUUUUAUAUCAACACGGACUCUUGGGUGAGUCUUGGGUAUUGUUAUGUUGUAUGAAACGGGGUUCGUUCUUUUGGUAUUUGUCCAAGAACGGCAUGGGAUUUGCUCCAAGUUGUAGAAAUAUCAUGACAUCAUUGGGAGGGCUACACCACAGGAUCAUGAAGGGUUUCAUAGGGUUGAAAGAUAGCUUACGAGAAUACCAAUAUCAUAAGCCAAA